UCCCUCUACUCUCUCUUUCACACUUACGCGCUCACCAGGAGGCACAUAUACCCACUCUGUGUUCCUUUCUGCCAUUAAAGUCUACCGUUACGACUACGGGAUACUAUGAAGGUGCGGCCUACGAAGCGGGCAAGAAAGGCUACUUGGCUCGCGUUCGGCCUUGUAGCACUAGCUGCGGUGUCCGCCUCUGCUCAAGGCUCGGGUGAUCAGGCGGAGGAAACAGCAACCACCGACGUUUCUCCUGUGGCUACCGGUGUGGAUGGCAUAAAUUCUGAUGCUGCCGAGCUCGGCCAGGCAGCUGCAGAAGCGGUAAGGGCUUAUAAACAAGCUCUGCAUACCCUCUCAGCGCUAGCGGCUCAUCCUUCCCCAUACGAAUCCUUAUUCUCAACACCCCGCGAUUCGAAUGCGAAGUCCAUAUUCUCUUCAUUUCUUCCCAAUUUACACGGACAAGGGCCGAUAGGGAGCGCUGUCCGGAUAUUAGGUCGAAUCCAACAGCAGAUAUUUCAUGGUAUACUUGGCGGAGAUAAAGACGGAAUUCCAUUUCCAGGUUCUCGAAGAAAAGAGGAGGAGAUGCAUCGAAAAGCAAUCAAGGUGGUGGACUUGUUGCAGCAUUCCGCAGAACUGGGGAAUAUGGAUGCGCUUUAUACCCUAGCCCAGAUAUCUCUCCUACCUCCUACAUCGCACUUUCCAUCCAAUCCAAAUCUUGCAUACGACUCCUACACGAUACAUGCGUCCCUUACUGGCAACGCUUCUUCUCAGGCUUUCUUGGCAUUUUUUUUCGCAACGGGUUAUCAGAAUGUCGUUCCCGUCGAUCAGGCAAAAGCCCAGCUAUAUUACACCUUUGCAGCCAACGGUGGAGACAAAGGUGCACAAAUGGCACUAGGAUAUCGAUAUUGGAGCGGUAUAGGUACAUUGGAGGAUUGCGACAGAGCUGUCGAUUGGUAUGAGCAUUCUUCUGAACAAGCAAUGGCCAAGUUCCGCGCUGGCCCUCCCGGUGGUCUGAGUCUACCUCUGACACCCACCAGACUCUCCGAUCUUGAUGGUGGCGUCUAUGGACCUGGUGCUAGUGUAUCUUCUACUGGUUUAAAUGCUAAUCGGGCAGCCAUAAGAGCCGGAGUUUCACGCGCCUCUGGAGAAACCUGGGAGGACAUAAUUGAUUAUUACCUUUUCAACGCUGAUCGCGGCGAGACGGACUUCGCUUAUAGGCUCGGGAAAAUUUACUACCAAGGCAGCAUCUAUGCUAGCCCGGGCGGCAUAGCUUCCGGGAGUGAAGGGGUUGGAGCUAUCACUCGGGACUAUGCGCGCGCGAAACACUACUUUGAGCAGAUUGUUCGACAAGUAUGGCCUCGCGAUCCACCCAAUCCUCUUCAGCACAGGACAGCGACACCAUCCAUCAAAGACGAAGGUGCGCCAGUUGGGUACGCCUCUGCGAGCGCCGGUUAUCUGGGGCGUAUGUACCUACGAGGCGAGGGUGUGAAAGCGGACCCUGCCAUGGCUAGAAUGUGGUUCGAGAGAGGCGCCGAUUAUUCUGAUCGUGAAUGCCAUAACGGGCUGGGAAUCAUCUGGAGGGAUGCCUUAGUUCCGGGCACUAAACCGGACCUGAAGAAGGCGACGCAGUUUUUUACUGUGGCUGCUGGUCAAGAAUUGGCGGAGGCGCAAGUCAAUAUUGCGAAAUAUCACUUCGAUCGUGGCGAGCUUGGCUUGGCAACGACUUAUUUUGAGACUGCGGUUCGUCUGGGAUCUCCGUUUGAGGCUUUCUACUAUCUUGGUCAAAUACAUUCUGCACAAUCGAGAGCGCCUGGAAUUCCUAAAAAUGUGGCUUCCAGCUCGUGCGCAAUGGCAGUUUCGUUCCACAAAUUAGUAUCUGAGCGAGGUGUUUGGGAUGAUGAUUUGCUGCGAGACGCCGAAGCCGCCUGGUUCUCAGGAACUGAUAGCGGCAAAGAGGUUGCAUUGCUGAAGUGGUGGAUUGCUGCUGAGAGAGGCUCUGAGAUUGCGCAAAACAACCUUGCAUAUGCCCUAGACCAAGAUAAGAGCAUUCUGCGCUUGACACGCUUUUCUCCAAUGACAGCAUCAAACGAUACAGCACGUCUCGCUUUAACACAAUGGACCCGAGCUGCAGCACAAAGGAACGUGGAUGCAUUGGUCAAAGUCGGAGACUAUUACUAUCACGGACUGGGAGUUCCCGAAUAUUCUGAAUCAGUGCGGUUCGAGAAAGCAGCUCGAUAUUAUCAGUCAGCCGCCGACACACAGAUGAGUGCGUUGGCGAUGUGGAAUUUGGGUUGGAUGUACGAAAACGGCGUGGGUGUUCCCCGAGAUUUUCAUCUCGCUAAGCGCCACUACGAUUUGGCCUUGGAGACCAAUUCUGAAGCCUACAUCCCCAUUAUCUUGUCUCUAGGAAAGCUGUACGUGCGUAGUAUAUGGCAUACGCUCUUGGGAGGGACGGACGGGCUGAACCUCUGGUACGAUGAUGAAGAUGGUGUGUGGAACUCAGCAGUCCCACUUUUCGGUGAUGAUAUUGAUUUGGGGUGUAUCAGCUUCUCAGUCAAAGGAAGAAGUGCGUGAAAUAGACGAAGGUUCACGGCAGACUGCGCCUGAUCAAGUCCAGUCGGAGCAGCAUCUGUACAGCGAUGACGAAGAGGGACCUUGGUACCUGGGCAAAGCCAGGGAAGAGUUCGAUCGAAGAAAAAAAGAUCAGGCGCAUGGCCAUGGUGAUGAAGAGGAUCCUA